CGUUUAAAUACCUCCGCCCCGCCCGCUUCCCUGCUGUCUCACGCCAGUGUCACUUACUUCCCCUCUUCAUGUAGCUACCCGGUUCGCGACAAUAAAUUGGAUAACUCCGUCCGCUCCUUUCGACUCUCUACUUUCACAACGCGCCGUUGCGGGCGCAAUUGAGCAACAUGCUCCUCCGGAUAUUGCUGCUUCUGGGGUGCUUGACGCUGGCUGUGCUGGGAGCAGAGGACUUUUACAAGCUGCUAGGUCUCCAGAAAGACGCCUCGGAGCGCGAGAUCAAGAAAGCGUACCGCCAGCUCAGCAAGAAAUACCAUCCGGACAAGAAUCCCGGAGACGAUUCAGCACAUGACAAGUUCGUAGCCAUAGCUGAAGCCUACGAUAUCCUUAUCGACGAAGAAACGCGGCGCAUAUACGACCAGUAUGGCCAUGAGGGUAUCCAGCAGCACAAGCAGGGAGGAGGUCCCCGCCAGCACCACGAUCCGUUCGACCUCUUCAGAAGCUUCUUCGGCGGAACGGGGCACUUUGGACACGGCGGCGGCGAGCGCAGAGGACCGAACAUGGAAGUCCGGGUCGCGGUACCCCUCCGCGACUUCUACAACGGACGGAAGACGGAGUUCACGGUGGAGAAGCAGGCUAUUUGCUCUUCAUGCGAGGGUUCUGGAUCAGCAGACGGACAUGUGGAGACGUGUGACCUAUGCGGAGGCAGGGGAGUGCGGAUAGUAAGGCAGCAGUUGGCGCCGGGAUUGUUCCAGCAGGUCCAGACACACUGCGAGAAAUGUGGCGGGAAGGGAAAGAUGAUCAAACAUCCAUGCCCUGUGUGCGGCGGCAGCAGAGUCGUUCGCGAACCGGAGACGCACGAGCUCCACAUUGAGAAGGGCAUGCCGCAGGGCGUCAGGAUCACAUACGAGAACGAGGCGGAUGAGAGCCCAGACUGGGUAGCUGGCGAUCUCAUCGUACAUCUGGUGGAAACAGAACCCCGGCUUGGACAGGAAGACCACGAACGUACUGACGGCACCUUCUUCCGUCGGCGGGGCAAAGAUCUCUUCUGGCGCGAAGUGCUCUCCCUUCGGGAAGCAUGGAUGGGCGACUGGAGGCGCAACAUCACGCACCUCGACGGGCACAUCGUGCAACUCUCCCGCAAGCGCGGCGAAGUCGUGCAACCGAACCACGUCGAAGUCAUCGAGAACGAAGGCAUGCCGGUAUGGCACCAGCUCCUCGAGAAUAAUGCGGAGGAGCAGUAUGGCGCGCUGCAUGUCGAAUAUGUGGUUGUGUUGCCGGAUCAGAUGGAGAAGAGUAUGGAGAAGGAUUUCUGGAACAUGUGGGAGAAGUAUAGGAAGAAGAGUGGUGUAGUGCUGGAUAAGGAGUGGGGAAGGCCCGAAGGCCCGAUCAAGAUGCCGGAGCAUGACGAGUUAUAGAUUUGGAAUGAAUGAAUGGAAUGUAUACAGUACGAGUAUGAGCUUUUCUGACCUGGGUGGAAAGGGGUAUACCCGAUGUCUUUGCGGAGUCGAGGAGUCCUGGCAUGAGCGGUGCCUAAUAGAGCUUAUAGAGACACGGGUGCAACUUGUAUUAUCUGCCUCUGAUAUCAGUUCUGAAAGCAGUGUAAGUCGUGACCGUCC